GUCGGCCGGUGUCUGUGUUCCACCCUUGGGGCUUUCAAUUCCAUCAUUCGCAUCAUCUUCCUUCCCAUCUCGUGCUUGCCCUCGAGAUUCCGCGGCUGCCGCUAAAGUCAAUUCGCACAGCAACCACACAACCCCCCCGAAGCUCGAUUCAAGAUGUCACGACUUCUCCGUCCCGCCACCCGCCUGGCCGCCUCUACGAGGGCCGCCGCCCUUCGUCCCUCUGCCUUCCAGCUCUCUGCCGCCGCUCGAUUCCCCUCUUUCGCCGCCCAGACGAGGACGUAUGCCGACGCCAAGGGCAGCAAGGACUACACUGUCCGUGAGGCCCUCAACGAGGCCCUCGCGGAGGAGCUCGAGUCCAACGAGAAGGUCUUCGUCCUCGGAGAGGAGGUCGCACAGUACAACGGCGCCUACAAGGUCACCAAGGGCCUCCUGGACCGCUUCGGCGACAAGAGGGUCAUCGACACGCCGAUCACGGAGUCCGGCUUCUGCGGUCUCGCCGUUGGUGCCGCCCUCAGCGGCCUGCACCCUGUGUGCGAGUUCAUGACCUUCAACUUUGCCAUGCAGGCCAUUGACCAGAUUGUCAACUCUGCGGCCAAGACACUCUACAUGUCCGGUGGCAUUCAGCCCUGCAACAUCACUUCGCGCCCCAACGCUUCGCCGCGUGUCGGUGCGCAGCACUCGCAGACUACUCUGCGUGUACGCAGCAUUCCUGCUCAAGUGUGUCCCUUGGAGCGCGAGGACGCAAGGCUUCAUGAAGGCCGCAUCCGCGACCCCAACCCCGUUGUCGUUCUCGAGAACGAGCUGCUGUACGGCCAGACAUUCCCCAUGUCCGAGGCCGCCCAGAAGGACGAUUUUGUCAUCCCCUUCGGCAAGGCCAAGAUUGAGCGUGCCGGCUCUGACCUGACCAUCGUCACCCUGUCCCGCUGCGUCGGCCAGUCGCUCGUCGCCGCCGAGAACAUCAAGAAGAAGUACGGCGCCGAGUGCGAGGUCAUCAACCUGCGCUCCGUCAAGCCCCUCGACAUUGAGUCGAUUGUCAAGUCGGUCAAGAAGACGGGCCGCCUGCUGUGCGUCGAGUCCGGCUACCCCGCCUUCGGCGUCGGCUCCGAGAUUCUCGCCCUCACCAUGGAGUACGCCUUUGACUACCUCCACGCCCCCGCUCAGCGUGUCACCGGCGCUGAGGUCCCCACGCCCUACGCCCAGGGUCUCGAGGAGAUGUCCUUCCCCACCGAGCCCCUGAUCGAGGACUACAUCGCCAAGAUGCUGAAGCUGUAA